AGUAGGAUUCUUUUUUUCCAGAAGGAGCGUGGUGAAGAUGGCGGCGCAGGGCUCAGUGCCCAGUGAUCUUUAUAAAUGCGUUUAUUCUUUUCUUUUGGAGAAUAAGUUCACCAAAGCGGCGCAGCAGUUCCUGAAACAGACUAAAGUCAACCCUCUGGACAAAAAUGAGGAGAGUCUAGAAAAUAUUUACAACUUCUGGGUCAAGUCACCUGACGCCAAAAAACGGAAACUGCCUCCGACUGAGCCAAACGGUCCGGCUGCCAAGAAGGCAAAAAGCGCAGCAGAAAGCUCCAGCAGUGAAGAGUCGAGCAGCGACGAUGAAGAUGAAGCACAGCGGAGCAAAACGGCUGCAGCCGUCAAAGCUGUGCCGGCUAAAGCUGUGCCGGGCAAAGCUACCAAAGCUGCAUCAAGCAGCAGUGAAGACUCCAGUGACUCUGAGGAGGAAAAGGCUCCUGCAAAGGCGCCUUUGAAAGCAGCACCUGUGGCUGCAGCUGCAGGCCGGAAGAAGGACAGCAGCUCCAGCAGCGAAGACUCCGACUCUGAAGACGAAGCGCCAGCCAAAGCUCCAGCGCCAAAAGCAGGUCCGGGUGCUGUGACCAAACCCAAAGCUGCCCAGAAGAAGCAGGAGAGCAGCAGCGAAGACUCCUCUGACUCUGAAGAGGAGCCGCCGCCGAAACCCAAGACUGCGGCAAAACCAGCCCCCCCGAAGAAGGCCGCGGCCGCCGCUGAAUCCAGCAGCGAGGACUCUUCCUCAGAGGACGAAGCUCCUCCCACUAGAAAGCCUAAAGCAGGAGCGUACAGUGCCGUCCCGCCUCCAGCUUCCAUCCAGAAAACCGCAGCAAAGUCCAGCAAAGCCGAGGACAGCGACUCUUCAGACAGCAGCGAUGAUGAUGAUGAUGAUAAAGCUGCAGGAAAACCCGCUCAGGCAAAGGCGGCAAAUGCAAAACCUGCAGCCAAGCCUGCAGCAAAGACGCAGGAGUCCAGCUCCGAGAGCUCCGAGAGCAGCUCAGAAGAUGAAGCCCCAGCCAAAGUUGCAACCAAACCUGCAACCACAAAGACGACUGCAGCUCCUGCUAAGGCCCCGGCCAAGGAGAAAGCAGCUGCAGCAGGGGAGAGCAGCUCUGACUCCUCCUCUGAGGAAGAGGAGCAGUCUGUUAAAACUAAAGCUGGAGCUAAGAAAGCUACACCUGCAGCUAAACCUGCAACUCCUGCAGCUAAACCUGCUGCAAAGACACCAGCCAAGGAAGAAAGCAGCUCAGAUUCUGACUCUUCCUCUGAGGAAGAGGAGCCGCCAGUUAAAACUAAGGCUGGAGCUAAGAAAGCUACACCUGCAGCUAAACCUGCAACUCCUGCAGCUAAACCUGCAACUCCUGCAGCUAAACCUGCAACUCCUGCAGCUAAACCUGCUGCAAAGACACCAGCCAAGGAAGAAAGCAGCUCAGAUUCUGACUCUUCCUCAGAGGAAGAGGAGCCGCCAGUUAAAACUAAGGCUGGAGCUAAGAAAGCUACACCUGCAGCUAAACCUGCAGCAAAGAAAGAAAGCAGCUCAGACUCUUCUUCUUCUGAGGAGGAGCAGCCUGCAAAAUCUAAGGCCAAAAAUGCAACUCCUGCAUCAAAACCUGCAACUCCUGCAGGAAAACCUGCAACCAAGGCUGCAGCUAAACCUGCUGCAAAGACACCAGCCAAGGAAGAAAGCAGCUCAGAUUCUGACUCUUCAUCAGAAGAGGAGCAGCCUGCAAAAUCUAAAGCUAAAAAAGCAACUCCUGCAGGAAAACCUGCAACCAAGGCUGCAGCUAAGGAAGAUGGCAGCUCAGAUUCUGACUCUUCUUCUGAGGAAGAGGAGCAGCCUGUGAAAUCGAAGGCUAAAAAUGCUACACCUGCAUCAAAACCUGCAACUCCUGCAGCAAAGCCUGCAGCCAAGGCUGCAACAAAAGAAGAGAGCAGCUCAGACUCUUCUGAGGAAGAGGAGCCGCCUGUUAAAACUAAGGCUGGAGCUAAGAAAGCUACACCUGUAACAAAGCCUGCAACUCCUGCAGCAAAGACACCAGCCAAGGAAGAAAGUAGCUCAGACUCUUCUUCUGAGGAGGAGCAGCAGCCUGCAAAAUCAAAGGCCAAACCUGCAACUCCUGCAGCUAAACUUGCUGCAAAGACACCAGCCAAGGAAGAUAGCAGCUCAGAUUCUGACUCUUCAUCAGAAGAGGAGCAGCCUGCAAAAUCUAAGGCUAAAAAUGCAACACCUGCAUCAAAGCCUUCAGUCCAACAAGCUUCAGCAACAAAGAAAUCUGGUCCUGCAGCCAAGAAAGUCCCUGCAGCUUCCACAAAACCUGGAGGAGAGAGCAGCUCCUCAGGCAGCUCCGACUCUGAGGAGGAGACCGCCAAACCCGCAGUCACCAACGGCAAGGCGGCGACUCCCAAGCCGGGCCCAGCGGCUGCAAAAGCUGCCAAGUCAUCAUCCAGUGACAGCAGCUCUGAGGAGGAAGAGGCGAAAGCUCCAGCUGUAACCCCCAAAACAACCCCCACUGCAAAGCCCAGGGAGAGCAGCAGCUCCUCAGAGAGUUCAGACGAAGAGGAAGCGGCACCGAAAGCCGCCACCGCCCCCAACACCCCCACUGCAAACGCUGCAAGUGGGAAGAGAAAAAAAGGUGAAGAGUCAUCAUCGGAAGAGGAAGAAGAAGAAACCAAAUUAAAGACGCCCAAAAACAAAAAGGCAGCAACCACACCACAGACUUUCCCGAAGGCAAAUAAGAAGUCUUCAAACGUUCCUUUCCGUAGAAUCGUAGAGGAGCGCGUGGAAGUGGAUCCACGCCUGGCAGAUAACUCUUUCGACGCGAAGCGCGGCUCCAACGGGGACUGGGGCCAAAAAGCCAACGAGGUGCUGAGGUUCACCAAAGGCAAAUCGUUCCGCCACGAAAAGACGAAAAAGAAGAGGGGGAGCUACCGCGGCGGCGCCAUCUCCACCUCCGUCAACUCCAUCAAGUUUGAAAGCGACUGAGCGGCUUCCCGCCCGGGAAAGUUUGACCUCAGAAGGGUCGGGUUGGAACUGUGAGCAGUCAAAGUUCAUGUGUUGUUCAACAUUAUGGCCACUAGGUGGCUUCAGGCCGCCGGGUUCAACGCAUUUCCUCUAAAAAUAUAAAAAAAAUAUUUUUUUUUUUUUACACAUGAGCCACCCACUUCCAUGUUUUGUCUUGUAACUUUGAGAAAAUGCUUGAUUUUUAUCCUUUAAUUUCACUUUUCCUGUCUAAUGAGAUCAACUGUAUUGUAUUAUGGGAUGUUUUGGGCCCUUUUUCUCUUCCUAUAUACUGUUAUUAAUCAAGCAGAACGGUCUAUUUCACUGUCAAGUUGAAUUCCUUUCUAGCAUUAGGACCUCAGACUUGUGUUGACAUCGUUAGGCUAGAGCGCCCUCCUCUGUUCAACAGUGGGACUGCAUUUGUGCAAACAGCUAAAGGCCUUUUUUUUUCUAUCUACAAUGACUCAACUGUACUUUUUAUUUUAAGAAAUGUAAAUAAAGAUUGAAUCCUGUUGUUCAGAGGUGA